CCAAAGAAAAAAAUUACAAAGAUGAUUUUUAUGCUGAUGGGACAAAAUUAUUUUGUAUUGCUUGCAGACAUGUAGUAGACCAUAAACGAAAGUCAACAAUUGACAACCAUUUAGAAAGUAAUUCUCAUAAAAAAAAUAAAUUAGAAAUACAAAAUUCUAGCAGAGCUAUACCAAGACAACAAACCAUCACUUCUUUGCAUAAAAAUAUAUCUGAACGCCAAGGGAUUAAUAUAAAUCUAGUAAAAACACUUGUAGAAGCAAACAUACCUUUGGAAAAAAUUGACUCUUUGAAAUCAUUUUUUAAAGAAAAUUUUAAAGAAGGAGGAGGUAUUGUGGGCUCAAAUCAAUUACAUGAGCAUUAUUUACCAAUAGUUUAUGAGCAAGCAAUAAACAAAAUAAUGAAUGAAGUUAGAGAUAAGCAUAUUUGCAUUACAGUUGAUGAAACAAUGGAUGCAUGUGGUCGUAGUGCAGUUAAUAUUUUAUUUAGCUAUGGAAAAUAUACCAAACUAGUAAAGACCUCUUUUUUAGAGAUUGUCAAUUAUUCAACAAUCUCCCAAUUAAUCAUUACAACAAUUAACUCUUAUAAUAUUCCUUAUGAUAGACUUACUUUUUUAAUUAGUGAUAGUGCUUCUUAUAUGUUAAAAGCAUUUAGAGAUUGUUUAUCACCUUUAAUACCUAAUUUACUUCACAACACUUGUUUUGCUCAUAUCUUUAAUUUAGUGGGGGAAACAUGGAUAGAUUUUGAUGACUUUAAAAUAUUAGAUCAGGUAGUUGGUUUUAUUAAAUCAGCAUUUGUACAUAGUGGUAGAAGAAAACAAAGAUGGCUACAACAUUUGACAGAGGCAAAUAAUUCUGACAGAGAUUCAAAACUUCCACCUUUACCAGUUAAAACUUGCUGGAAUAGUUGGUUUAAUUUUGUAUUUUGGUUAGAUGCUAAUUUCUUACAUUUGGUUUCAUUUGUUCCAAAAGAAUCAUUAAUUUCUGAUGCACCAAAAUCAAUCAUGCAAUUAAAUGAAAUUUUUUCAAAUCCUCAUAAAAUUUCUUAUUUACAUUUAAUCAUUAAGUUUAUAACUUUAAAUGCAAGAAGAUUGAUCCAGGACUUAGAAUUUUUUAAAAUUCGUGACAAGGCUAUAGCACCUUAUGUUUUCUUAUGCAUUGAAAAUACAAAGAAUUUAUUAAGAGCUGGCAUUGAAAAUCCUCCCUUAAAUCAAAGUAUGAUUGAUUUAUGUAGAAUUCAAAAUGUAUCAGAAGAAUCUUUAAUACCAACAUUUUCUCAAGCCUUUAACCUUGCCUACAACAAAUUAUAUAAACAUGUUAAUAGACAUUCAGCAUUACCACUUUUUAAAGAAAUCCAAUGUUUUAAUCCAAAAUUUAUUAGAGCUUCUUCAUCUCAAAAAAAUAUUUUGUUAUAUUCAUUUAUCAAAGAAUUUAUAAAUCCAGAAGAUGAAUUGAUUAAUGAAUGGA